CUGACACCGGAUGUCGCUGCUUUCAUUGGGGCUUUAUUUUUUAAACGCGAAGCAGACGGUUUUAGAAUGAAUCCCCUCACCAAGGUGAAGCUGAUCAGUGAGCUCAACCAGAGGGAGGCUGAGCUUGGUGUGAAGGACUCUGUGUCCUGGCACUCGGUAUACAAGGACAGUGCCUGGAUAUUCGUGGGUGGUUUUCCAUAUGAACUGACAGAGGGUGACAUCAUCUGUGUCUUCUCCCAGUAUGGAGAGAUCUCAAACAUUAACCUGGUGCGAGAUAAGAAGACGGGAAAAUCAAAGGGAUUCUGCUUUAUCUGCUAUGAGGAUCAAAGAAGCACUAUUCUGGCUGUGGACAAUUUCAAUGGGAUUAAGAUCAAGGGGCGUACCAUCCGAGUGGAUCAUGUGCAGAAUUACCGCCCUCCAAAGGACACGGAUGACAUUGACGAAGUGACCAAGCGCUUGAGGGAGGAGGGAUGUGCACCCAGAAUGGCCUGCUCUUCUUCCUCGGACUCUGAGGAGGAGGGGUAUGCUGUUGUCGUGAAGAAGCAGAAGAAAGAGAAGAAGGAGAAGAAGAAAAAGAAGGAUAAAAAGAAGAAAAAGGCACAGAAGGAGGAGAAGAAAGAAAGUAGAGGCCAGUCUCCAUCUUCUCCCCCUGUGCAGGUGAAACGAGAGAGGGAGGACCCUGGGUACGAGAAGUACGCACAGCAGAGGGCACCAGUGGACCGGCUACCAAGGUCAGAGAGACACGGGCAGGAGAGGAGCCACAGGGAUCUGUACGAUGACAACCGAACAAGAGACAGAGAGAGACAAAGAGAGGAGAGGGACAGGGACAGAGAAAGAGAGGAGAGGGAAAGAGAAAGAGAGUGGGACAGAAACAGAGAAAAGGGGAAAGAGGACUCAAACAGGGAAGGGGAGAGGAGAAGAGGCAGAGAGAGGGACGAGGACACUGGAAGGUUGCGUGACAGUGAGAGGACCAGGAGGGAGGACAGACACAGGCGGUGGGACAGCGACAGGGACCGCUCUGCAAAGCAUAGCCGUGAUGCAGAAUACAGGAGGAGCUGAUGGAGGAAUGUCGCCAAAGGACUGACCCUGGACAACAGCCUAUAGUUGUGUAGGAGAACUCCGAUCCUUUCUAAACAUGUUUUUUUUUAAAAAAAAAAAAAAAAAGUGUAGUGUUUGUGUGUGUAGAGGCAGGAUA